GGGAUUCCACUAGUGAGGACGACCGGAUCUUGCGAUCGACUAAACGCCCGAUAGCCCACUUGGCCUUAGGACUGGAGGGUGACGGGUUACUGUUCAGCCAAAUUAGGGAGAGGCAGCAGCAGCAGUGGAGGGCUAGGGCAACAGAGGCCAGCAGGGCAUUCACAAGUGAAGCCGCUGCUUCAACAGCCAUGGCGACUGCUGCGCAGCAGAGUUCCCAGGCCAGCAGUUCAAGGGCCGUAGGGUCAACGGUUGCGAAGACCCUGAGUCAGUCCACUGGCAUCAUGGCAAGCCAGCCAACAAUGUCGACUUCCUAUGAGAUCGCCAUACAACAAGCAACACUGCAGGAGGCAUAGCUACAAAAGGCUUUAGGAGAGAUAAAGAAUGAUUAGAAGAAGAGCCAAGAUGCAGCGGAGACAAGGGAACGUCGGUGAGUUAGAGGGAAUGGACCUGACGCAUAUGGAUGCAGAUGUGAGGACGUGGCGGACAACCCUCCUAGGUGUAGAGAUGCAGGACCACCACACGGCUCUCCUUCAGGACAUCCAACAGAGUCUGGCUUUGCUGGUCGGGCGAGGGCAGGCAGCACCAUCGCUGUCCAGGCCCGGUGCCUGGCCCGUUGUACAACCGCCUCCUUAUGUCCCACCGGUGAUUGGGGUAUCCCCAUAUGUCUCCCCAACAUCGGUCCAAACCGUUUCCGUAGGUAUGUCGUUAGCAGGAUGGUUCUCAACAGGUCCUAGUGUACAGGUUCCUGUACAGACAGUGUUCUCCCAACCUCCGUCGCAGGUUGUCGUAUGCGGGCAGCCUGCUGUCUCGCAGCCUGCACAGCCGCAGGGUACACAGCCCCAGCAACACAUAGUGCAGCAGCCUGUUCCCCAAGGUCCACAACCUCGAGUGGGACAGGUGCUCGGACAAAGUCCGUGGGUUCCAAUGACGACCAUCGCUGCUCCUAAACCCUUCACAAGGGACAAGAGGGGUGAAGACCUCGACACAUGGUUGAGAUAUCUGAAGCAUGCGUUGACACACCAUGAGGUCUUAAAACUUCCUGAUCCUGACAAGCCGUUCAUAGUAACCACGAAUGCUAGCCAAGAUGGCAUUGGUGCCGUGCUCGAGCAGCAGGAGGGGCAAAAGUUGAGGCCAAUCGCGUACAUGUCCAAGCCGUCUCAGAAGUUGGCUAAGUCCACUUAUGAGAAAGAGCUCUACGAGAUUUAUAAGGCACUGACCCAUUGGAGACAUUACCUCCUUGGGAGAUUCUUCAUCGUCAUGACUGAUCAUCAUACCCUGAAGUGGAUCAGAACCCAACCAGUACUUUCUGAUGCCUUGGAGCGCUGGAUCAAAGUCAUUGAACAGUAUGACUUUGAACCCCAGUAUCUGAAGGGGGAUUACAAUAAAGUUGUCGAUGCCUUAUCACGUAGGCCUGAUUUCUCUGGUGCGCUGAUUACUGAGUUCGGGCUUGCGGACGAUGUAACUCACUCUUUGGUGAAAGCCUAUCGCGAGGAUCCGUUUAUGUCUAAGAUCAUUCGCAGACUCGAGGCGAAGGACAAAGUGACUUCUGUCGAGUUUGAGUUGGUCAACGGCUUGCUGUUCCUUUAGAAGGUCGGGAAUACACGUUUGUGUGUGCCUAAUCGGGAGUCCUUGUGUAGUUUAGUUUUAGGAGAGUGUCAUGACGCCACAAGACAU